AUGGCGGCGGAGCGUAAGGCAACCCCUGACUAUCAACCAGUCGGCACAGAGGCCGGACCUGUAACAAUCCAAGCCAGAGUCUCCCUGCCUGCAAAUGUCUGGACAGGGAAACCUGAAGCACUUCUCCAGAAUGCUGGACUGUGUUUUGCCCCUUCAGGGCAUAGGCUUAGCUGGGCUAUAUGA